AGAGGAGUUCCUGGACCCUAUGAUAAGCAGAUACACUUCAAGAACAAAUGUCAGAUCAUCAUCGCUUUCAGCCUUGUGGUAAUCAAUGGCCGUUGUCUUCGGAGGAGAUAACGAAAUUCGCACAAACGACCUCAAGUAUCGGAUGAUACCGGCGCCGACAACGUCCUUACCGCGUGCUUUUUCACGUGGCAUUACCUCAGUCGGCGGGAUCAGUGUAACCCCGACUCAGUAGAGCGUUUCCAGUUACGUGGAAUGAGAGAAAAAUAGCCAGAGGCCAGUGUUGCUCAACCAGGGAAGAGAGCUAGUGGAUAACACUCGAAGAUGUCUCCAAGUGCGCUACGUCUGGAGCAGUCUGUCAGUAGUCUACAGCCUACUUUUGAAGGAGUUAGGUGAAUUGGAACGCUCUAAGAAUCUCCAAGGGAUUCUCGGGUCUCUGGACUGAACGGGGAGGGAGGCCGAAAUCUCGUCUGCUAGAAAAUGGACGGCACGGCGUCUGGAUCUUCCGACAAAGAGGCCCUGGUCCGAACAAUAGACGACAUGGUUCCAAGAACGCACGUGCUUCCCCUGAGGGCCAGGCUAGCCUACAGCGUCGGGCAUGUGCUCAACGACCUGUGUGCCUCCAUGUGGUUCACGUACCUGCUGGUCUACCUCACCUUUGUGCGCCAGUUCAGGAGCACCCUCGCGGGGGCCUUGCUCCUGGUGGGGCAGGUGGCGGAUGCCCUGGCCACUCCCUUCGUGGGCAUAGAGUCCGACCGGGACGACGACUUCUGGCUGUGCCGCUACGGCCGACGCAAGACCUGGCAUCUUGUUGGCACGCUGUGCGUGAUGGGCACGUUCCCGUUCCUCUUCUCCAAGCCGCUCGGAGGAGAAGGCAGCACCCAGGAGGCAGAGUUUGUGUACUUUGCGGCCCUCAUUGUCAUCUUCCAGCUGGGCUGGGCCGCCACCCAGGUCUCUCACCUCUCCCUCAUUCCGGACCUCACCCCCAUACCGCACGAGCGCGUGGAGCUCAACGCACUCAGGUACUCGUUCACGGUGGCGAGCAACAUCGUGGUGUACACGGUGACCUGGGUAGCCCUGGGCAUUUCGGGCACGGACCACGAGGCGCAGGUGGGCCCACCGGACGCCCACGUGUUCCGCAACAUCGUGCUCAUCGUGGUGGGCAUCGGGUCGCUCUUCUCGCUCGUCUUCCACGUUGUGGUGCGGGACCCCUCGAGGGGCGGCCGGCGGGAGAGCGCCUCCCGCCACCGGGACGAGUACGUCCGCUCCCUCGUGCUGGAGCGCUCGCAGCACCUGCGCUGGAGGGACUGGUUCCGGGAGCGCCGCUUCUACAUGGUCGGCCUGUUGUACAUGUCGACUCGUCUCUACGUGAACCUCAGCCAGGUCUUCAUUCCCAUGUACAUUCAAGAAACUCUCAAGCUUCAUAGGCAAAGCAUAGCCAUCAUUCCUCUAGUGAUGUAUGUGAGCGGAUUCAUUUCAUCACUUCCAGUCAAGUAUGCAACGCGAUUUAUAGGAACAAAGAAUGUUUAUCUUCUGGGCGCCGUGCUGGGCGUGGCCGGUUCCGUCUGGAUCAUGUUGGGCCAGUCCACGCCGGGCUACACCCGGUACCAGAUCUACGGCAUCGCCGUCCUGGUGGGCAUGGCGGGAACGACGGUGCUACUCGCCAGCCUUGCCAUCACCAACGAGCUCAUUGGUGGACACACGACGAGCGGUGCCUUUGUGUUUGGAGCCAUGAGCUUCCUGGACAAGAUGGCCAAUGGAAUUGUUGUCAUCACCAUUCAGGAUCUUCAUUCCUGCAGGACGUGCGAGGAGACGGAGACGAACUACUACCAGUAUGUGGUGGCACUUGCGUGCGGCGGUGCCGCCGCGUUUGGAAUUAUUCUCGCCUUGUUCCUUCUCUGGGACAAGGACGCUCCUGCGAGUCGUCUGUCCGGAAACGUGUCCACAAACUCCCUGGUGGCCGACCACAGUCAGGUGCGCUGCGUAAGUCCGGCCGAUCUGGAAGACGCCGUCGACCAGUCGCCGUCCUCCCCACUCCUGGGACCCUCUCCUGUGCUCUAGUUCUGUUUCCGAGCCUUGGGCGAGAGCCAUUGCAUGACCAAUCGCGAUGAGUUGGGUUGCCCAUCGUGCCACCCACGUGCCGAUCUAUUCUGCCAACCCCGUGACCAUGUCAAUGUCACUGCAAUGCCUGGGUCAACAUGUGAGAGUUUUGGUAGAUUGUUCUUGGAGGGUACGGUUGUCCGAAUGAUCUACAAAAACUCCUUAUUACUGCGCUGCCGCUUAUGUGGUACUAGCGUUUGCAAUGACGCCAAAAAGAUUGCAUUGCGUCGCAGAGUGCGUCUACCUUCGGCAAUACGGCUCGAUUGUCGGAAUGUUUCCUGGCAUCGGUAGGGUGGGGCACAUGGCUCGCAGAAACUUGGCUGCUGCCUUGUAUGUAAUAUAUUGUAUUAUUAUAAUAUUCUGAUUUACAAACUAUUGGGAACAUUCUCAGCACCGGUUGUUGUUGAUAACAUGAAUCGUUCGAGGUGCCUUGAGGAGCCUUUAAUGCCGUUGCAACCUAGUGACUGUGUUGGUGUGGUCCAGUGUACCUCUGCAGACAGUAAGAGAGGGAUGACUGAUGUCUCAAUGACAGAGCCGAUCAACAGCACUCUUGUACAAUCUCGUUUACUAAGUGUGUCGACAUACUAUUGGUACUUUGUAUUUUUAUGGUGCUUAUACGUUGUUUAGUACAAUAUGCUGGUAAUACCGAAUCACCAUUGACACGAUAGUACUUCGAACCCAUUUAUACAUCAAUUAUUUUUGCAUGUUUCUACAUUCCACCGGUGCCAUGUGCACCAUGUUAUGACAUUGAGUCAUGCCUUGGGCUUCCAUGGAACACGGCUCUAAUACGGUCAAGCCGACUUCUGGUACCAAGAACCUCAGUAUCGCAAACGUUGUUCUGCCGUGUCAGUUGUAUUUCGUAAAUGGAUCGGCAGCCGUGUCGAGAAUGUCUUUACGAACUUGGGAUUAUGGGAAGGUUGCUUGUAACAUGUAAUGGGGUUCUACUGUAGUGUUUUUUUGUUUUUUUCAUUCAUCAGAUUGUGUUUCUUUAAACAGGAGCGCAAUCUCCCGCUUUCAUUAGGAGAAUGUUCUGGAACAUCGAACAUUGCAGCUAUAUAUAUGUAUAAUUGUCACUCUGAUGACUAGAGUUCAAAGCAAGAGAGUUUCAUAUUGUCAAAGGAUUGUUUUCUUGCCACUACGGCCACUGACAGGACGAGGGUGGCGGGGAGGUCUUUCAGUUUUCCCCGCCCCCCUUUUCGUUGAGAGAAUUUUCCGGAGCAUCGAACACGGCAAACUAAUCAUAGACGCUUUGCACGCGCGCCAGAUUACAGCCGCCAUUGCUGACCUUCUCUCGUCUCAUCGAGAUGCCGAGCCAAUGGAGCGGGCGUUGACGAGCCUCCACAAAGGUCUAUGCUGGAAAGAACGACACGGUAGAAUCUGAAAUGGCAAUGACGUGUCCUGCUGUGGUAAUAAUGGAAGUAAAGCGAACGGAGUAAGAGGAAACGGGAACUGAAGGUCGGUUAUGGCUGCGCCCAUGCGCCUCUGCUACAAAGCGUCUAUGUCGGGUGUUCCAAGCAGACCUUCCGCCCUAAAACGAGCCGGAGAAAUGGGUGCCUGCACGCUGGGAGCUCGAACCUUCGGCAUAUGUUCACGGAGCAGGUCAGUUUUACCGUGUGAAACUUCAAGCUGCAGUUCUCGUUGUGUAAGAAAGGAGAGCAACAAGCUUGCCAAAAGUCAAGGUUGGGCGCAUUCGCAGACGACCGAGCUAGCGACACUUUUUGCUUGUGGCACCAUCUCCUGAUAGGCGCAGCAAGCAGACAACAGAGUGAGUCGUCUGCUCGCUGCGACCAUCGAGAGUUGGGGCGCCACGAGUAAAGGGCGUUGCCAAAUCGCUCGUCUGCAAACGUGCCCAACCUUAGCUUUUGGCAGGUUUUUCACUCAAAUUUUUUACGGGAAGGUAACGGCGCCUUGAAAUUUCACGCAGUGAAACUGAUCUGCUCAGUGCUCAUUCGGCGAAAGUUUGAGCUUUCUAUGCGCAGGCGCCGAUUUUUUCGGCUUGUUUUGCAGCAGAAAGUCUGCUUGGGACGCCCUAAUGUAUAGACCAUUUUCACAAGGGCGCCGUCAUUUUGAAUUGUCGUCACUUCCAGUGUGGGCGAAAACAUUGUUUUGCCGUUGCCACACCAAUAGAAGACGUUUAGAAUGUAAGUGUAAUUGUCGCACAUUCUCGUUUUGCCUCCCCUCUAUUUGUUUACUAUUUACAGGUAGAAACAUUUUAUCGUUUUUUCGUCGUUCAUAUCGGAUAGACCUAUUAGGUGACUGGGGACGAGAGUGCACAAAAUAGGUCUAUAUGCAUCUUUUGAAGCUCUGGAAAGCAGACAACCUAUGGAAAGCUAAUGGUUUGUUGUUUUCAGGCUGCACCCUUGUUUCGUGCUUAUCAGUUUUUUUUUUUUUUUUUCAUUCCCAGGGAGACAAAUGUUCCGUAAGCAUUUUAGCAUACACGGGAUGUUUCUAAUUCUAACUCGUACAAAGACUUGUAAGGAUCAAUGUUGCUUGUUUAAAAGAUUUUUCCAGGUGUAGAUUAGUGAACAUUCAAAAUCGUAAUCUCAUUACUGAAGUUGCAGUGUUGAUUACUGUUCAUAUUGGAUCUUUUUUAUUUUUUUCAUCUCCUCACAAGCACUUUAUGUGACUGCCUGUUCCUGUUAAAGGCUUGGAUAUCUUUUUUUUUCCUCACACACCGCGUAUAGGGUUUGAACAGGUCCAAGACUUGUUUUGAACGAGCCCGAACUGUCCUUUCCAUUGACCUUCAUUGCGAGGCAACGCACUAACUCUGUUCUUGAAACCAUCUUUUUAGCGUAUUUAGUACAAACCUUUGUUGCUAGCAUUCCACGGUACCUUCGCACCAAUCACCAGAAAACAACAUUGAUCGAAACACUGAAAUCGCCUUGCUUCGCGAAUGCCUUUUAAUUUUUGUGCCUGCGCCAUGUUGUCAGGGCACCUUCUAUGCACCGUUCACCCGUAAGCCGUUGGCUUGGGGGUUAACGUAGCAUAUUUUUGGAGCAUUACCAUGUCUGUGUUUGCAUUCUAGUCUUGUCCGUGUAGAGUUGUCUACGACGCAUUCUACAUUUUGGUGCUCGUCCUAUCGCUACUCAAGUGUCUGACAUUGUUUGAGUUGAGGGUGUGCGCACCACUUACGACACUUCUUGCCUCUUGGCAGAUCCUUAAAAGUGACAUUGUUUACGUGAAAACAUACAUUUCUGGUGCUGCCUUUGCCGGCGGAUUUAGUGCAUCUUUUUUGCCUGAUCCGAGAUUAUUUUCGCUCCGAUAUUUGGUCGAGAUGUACCACCAACUUGACGCUGCCAAUUCGUGGAAUCCGUGACGUAUCUGCCAAAUUGCUGUCUAAACCUUCGGGGCUCAUUUCCAUCUAAAAGUUUUGGCCUACCUUUUAACAGCAUUAGUUUCUUUGGGAAAAAGUCAGUCCCAGAUACUGGUGGCGAGACUUGUGAGCGUGCGAGUUGUGGUUCAACGACCGAUACCGACUCAACACCUCCUGCCGAAAUGCAUCGUGCGUUAUGAAUGCAAGCGAGGUUGUGGUGGGUAGUAUUCAAUUGGCAAAUCGUCUAGUUGUGAUUUGUGACAGGUAGGAAUGGAUAAAAGAAAAUAUUUGUGGUAUUGAAUUGCAUAUGGCUUGUUUGGUCCCCUAAGGGCUCUUCUGGGGCUAAUUUGCUCGCACAAAAAUAUUUGAGGUUGCCACAGUACAGAAGUUGAAUGCUCAGAAUUGUACAACAUAGGGUCACUCAUCACUGAUUACAAUACGUGAAGGUUUUUUGUUUUGCUUAUGCUCGAGCACAAAAUGAGGGACUUGCAAUUUUUGCUUUUUUGUUUCAGAAUAUUUUUGCUUUUUCGAUCUGUAGUUCUGUGACUGGAUAAUUAUCGAAGAACGAAAUUGUGAGAUUGGUCUUGCACAGAGGUGUCGGCACCCAAUAUGACGGACCAAUAUACUAUUCAAAUGUGGGAAAAUAUAUUGCUGACUUGAGUUUGAUGCCGGCUUCAGUUCAUUAAUGCAGUCAUGUCUCGUUGAUAUGGACCCCCAAUAAUACGGAUAUCCCAUCGCAUAGACAACACUUUCAAGAACAAACUGGGUAAAUAUGUGUCCUUUUCUAGUUAUUAUGGACAGCUCAAAUCAUGAACGAAUUUUGGGGAGGGAACGGAGGUGUCCAUAUUAACGCGACACGGCUGUCGAAUGUCACAUCUGCACAUUAAAAAAAUUAUUUGGGAGUGGUAGGGCCGAGGCAAAAAAUAUGCAUGUCAGGCAAUGGGGUUUGCAUACAUCUUUGCAAACUCGCGUGUUCGACGUCACUUCACGGCGGUGACGCCCUUCCGGAGUUUCACGUGCAAGUUGCUGGCAUUUGGCACGCACCAGUGGUUUGAGUUUGUUUGUUUUGAGUGCGGCGGAAGUUUUGAGCACGGCGGAAGCUAAGAGAGCGGGCUUUUCGCUUUGACCGGGUAUGCUGAGCAUGCUCCCUCGUGCGGUGCAUGAGUGUAGUUCAGGGCACCGUCAUCGCGCUUAUAUAGGGGCUUUUACUAAUUUUUUUUCCAAGUUCUGAUGAAUUGGGUAAAAAAAAAAACAAAAAAAACAACAAUAGUGCCAAUUUUUUUUUUUAUUUAUAAAAAGAGUAGAGCUAAAUUAUUGUCAAUGUUCUGUGCAUAAUAAAAAAGAAAUUAAUAUGUUUUUUAAUUCGGAUUAUUAAAUUGUGACAGAAAACAAAAACAAAAGAAGACAGCCCUUGUAGAUUUGGCUUUGUUUGGACUUACAGUGAAAUACUGCCCGGAGUUUUGACUCGACUGCACACUUGCUUGUCGACAUUUAGUUAAUGUAUAGCCUGUCUCUUCUAUGAUAGUUCUUUUUUUUUUUUGUGUGCUUGACAAGGGUUUGUUUAGAAGAAAGUUCUUUUUCUAAAAACGAGAAUAACAGCAGCAUUCUGUUGACAUAUAAGAAUGGUCCUUUCGAUCAGUAACCAUUCAACAGCAUGUCACGUUUAUAAAUUUUGUUUUUAGAUUAAUCUGGAUAGUCAAACCUCACCAAGGUUUGAACAGAUAGGAUCAAUAUUUCGUUUUUAGGCAGUAUGCUUUGAAAGUUUAGGGCAGUACUUGUUGCCAAAAGUUCGUGCCACCAUCUAUGCAUCAAGAUGACACUCAAAUUGGUGUUGCUUAAUUGAGUGAAUUUUAUAUUGGUCACAUUACAUUUUUUAGCUUCUAAUGUAUAUUUAUAUUUGGGCAUGUUACAUGCUACAAACAUAAAUUGUACCCCGUUCUAUGACCAGCCUUCGUGAGUUAUAACUUGUAAAGAAAAACGAAACUAAGGAGUGUUUAGAAACAUGACAAUCUGUAUGGAGAGUGCCUACUGCAUUCGAAAGAUGUAUGUUCCACUAUAAGAGCCAUUUUAAGUGAGGGUACAUAAUGUACAAAAAGAAACUGGGAACACGGACUGUGAUUUCUUCCUUUUUAUUGUAUUAUAAGCGUGUUUUUCCCAUCGUUUUCGACUUCUUCCAGAAGGAAGCGACUAUUUAUACAAUAAAUUUUAUCCAAUCUU